GGUUGCUGUCGCGGAUGACACUAUUCCAUACGGUGCUGUCAUUGAACCACCUAGCAUAGGUCAGAUAUGCUCAAUUGAUAUUUAUUCGUUGUCCAAGUCGGCUGAAUGCCCAGCCAGAUAGUGGCUGGCAAAAACAUUUAUAAAAUUGCAAAUGUCAGCAGAGUGAAUGCAAUGGUUUAUUUCCAGCAAACUGAAGUCGUCGAUGCAUGCUCAAUGAUUUAUUGCUGUUCUAUCGAAUGAACUCUUGAAUGAACCGAGCCACUAUUAUCCCUUCAUUCGAAUGAGCGCAGUACAGACUAACAUUGCAAUUAAUAAUUUAGUAAGAAACCUUAGCACUCCCACACUUGCUCAUUCCAGCAGUCACAGGAGUCAGCGCAGUAUUGCCAAUUCAGAGUCUAUGCAUGAAGUCAGUAUCGUGUAUCCUGCAUUACUAUCGCAAGUCGCAAUGGCUUUUAAAAGUCGGGUUUCAUUGGAUACACAUUUAAAGGAUUUGUUGGAAUACACAGACUCGUUUUUUGGUCGGGAUGGUGUUGAUGUUUUGUGCUAUAUAAUCAAAACCUCGGAUCGAAAUCUUUCUUUGUUGCUCGGUAGGGCAUUGGACGCACAGGGAUUCUUUCAUGAUGUAACGUAUACCCACAGACUGCGUGAUAGUCCACAUGAACUCUACAAAUUCGAAAGCUGGGAGUCAGAAGAUACUAAAACAAGAGAUUUGGAUUUACUACCUCAUGGAGUGUUUACUCUACUUACUGAUUGCUAUGUGCCAACUUGCACUCGCGAUCAACUGUGCUACAGCAUUACUUGUCCACGCAGAAUUGAACAGAGAACACGGCUUCAUCGCCAGGCUAAUAUGCUGUUGAGUCGGCACUACAGUAAAGGGUCUAUUAAUGAAAAGGCAAUCGGAACGCUUUGGUCUACCUCUGUAUCAAAGGAAAUAGUUGCUUCUGUUUCUGAUAAAGAGAGGCUUCGACAAGAAGUGAUAUUCGAGAUUAUUAACGGCGAACGCGAGUUUGUCGAGGAUUUGGACAUCAUGACAAAGGUUUUCAUCCAGCCACUGCGAGAACGUAACAUUAUUGAGCCAGAAAGAAAAGAAAAGUUUAUCCAAGACGUGUUUCUCAAUAUUACAGAGCUUCAUACAAUCAACUCAAAGCUUCUACGCAAGCUGCUUAUUCGACAAAAGGAAAAUCCAGUGGUUGACAAAAUCGGUGAUAUUUUCAUUAAUAUUGCUAAUGAAUUUUACCCAUAUGUAGAGUAUGGUGCAAAGCAAGUGUAUGCAAAAAACUUGCUGGACGAAGAAAAAGCAAGCAAUCUAGAUUUUGUAAAGUUUUUAAAGGAAUGCGAAAGACUACCAGCAUUACGAAAACUUCCACUAGAGAGUUUCCUAGCACGUCCAACAACACGAAUGGGCCGGUACCCAUUGCUAUUGAAGCCUGUGAUGGAAAAAUCCGCAGAAACCCAUCCAGAUCGCACUCUUAUUCCACAGGCACUUUUGUCUAUUCGAGAAGUAUUGGCAAGUAUUAAUGUCGAAGCUGGAAAGGCAGAUAAUAUUGUAAAGCUGUCUCGAUUAGAUAGACAGCUCCAAUUUGACGAAGGAGAGAAAGAAGAUUUGCGAUUGAAUGAUGAAGGUCGCACGAUUGUUCGCGACGGAAAACUCAUGUUAAAAAGAUCUGGAAAUGAUAUGGAGCUGAGUGUGUUUUUAUUUGACCACAUGUUUCUUAUUACUCGGAAAAAAGAAAACGGGCACUACAAAGUUGCUCGUAAACCAAUUCCAUUGGAAUUGCUCACCUUUCGACUCGACAAACCACCACCGCAAAAACCCAAUUCCAUCAGCCACAAACAUACACAUUCUGGUUCAAAUCCCAUGGCAUUAACAGAUUCUGCAUCACGCACAUUCCCUAUUUUUAUCUCUCAUUUGGGUCAAUCUGGCGGCCAAUAUACUUUGUUGGCAUCUUCUCAGGCCGAUCGCCAAUCCUGGUGUGAUGCUAUUGAGAAACAAAAAACUAUUCUUAGUGAACGCAAGAAAAGGUUUGAAAUUGUUAGCUUGGUGAGCUCAGGGUUUCCAGUCUCAAACCGCAUCAACUGUUCGAUAUCCUAUCUUGAUCGGCUGAUUCUUGGAACUGAUUUUGGACUUUUUGUUGGAACCGAAUAUCCGACUUCUACUGACUUGUUGACCGAGUUGAACGAAAACCGAUUUGUGAAAGUUAUUGAUUUAGAAAGAAUUGUUCAGGUUGAUGUUUUGCCCAAUAAUGAUAAUCUUUUGGUGCUUUCGGACAAGACACUGCUGUCAUUUCCUUUGCAGGUUUUGAAUAUAUCGGAAGUGGAUACUACAGGAGCUGGAUAUAAAGGCAAAAAGAUUGGAUCGCACGUGUCGUUUUUUAAACAAGGUAUAUGUGCCGAACGGACGUUGGUUUGUGCAGUCAAGUCCACUGCACUGACUGCAACAAUCAAGGUGCUUGAGCCGGUUGGGCUAGGUGUAAAUAAUCUUCGUGGCAAGAUCGGUAAACUUUUUCGUGCUACCAAUGACGCUCUUCGUGUCUACAAGGAAUUCUAUAUUCCCACAGAAUCUAAAUCAAUUCACUAUCUUAAAUCAAAGCUGUGUGUUGGGUGUGCAAAAGGAUUCGAGAUUGUUGAUUUGGAAUCUCUGAAUACUCAAGGGCUGCUGGAUCCAACGGACGAGUCGCUUGAUUUUGUCCUUAAAAAGGAAACUGUGCGUCCUAUUUCAAUCUUUCGAGUGCGCGAUGGCGAUUUUUUUUUGUGUUAUAACGAAUUUGGAUUCUACAUUGACCGACUUGGACGACGCGCUAAAACUGACUGGCUUGUUCAAUGGGCAGGAGCGCCGACCGCAUUUUCCUUUGCCCCACCUUAUAUCAUUGCCUUUGAGCCAUCGUUUAUAGAGAUUAGGCAUGUAGACACGGGUGAAUUACAACAGAUUAUUCAAACAAACAAUUUACGGGCGUUGAAUGCAGAUUCCGAUGCAUUGCAUUGCGCCAUGGAUUUGAUGGACGAUAUGCAACAGGUGUUUCGAUUGCAACCCAUUGAUCAAUUUAGAUUGAGAUGAAUGUGACAAUAGGAAGCAGAAACUCCACGUUACUAUUUUAUUGACUGCUGGUGUUCAAUUGGAAUAGCCUGGACUUGGGGUACCUAUAAGCUGAUAUCAUUGGGUUGCGUCAAAUCAAGGUACACCACUUGGUUUUCCAAACCGUUAUAUCUUGCCUGAUCACCACUUGAACCCAUCCGAUAUAGCAGUCUGCAAUACUCUGAUCAUUCCAUAUUAGAUUGAAUCCACUUUUUAAUGAAACGUUUUAUUUC